AUGUCCGCCACGUCUGUUAACGUAUCUACUGUUGCUGGCUCUCUACAGCGUGGACAUCGUGACGGGGCAGGAAGAGAUGCUUUAUUCAACUAUCCACUUGGCUUGGCCUUUACAAAUAGCGGUGAUAUAAUAGUAGCAGACUGCUAUAAUCAUUGUAUCCGUAAAGUGACGUUACCUAGAGGAGCCGACAUAUCCUCACACGUAGAAACGAUUGCUGGAGUUGCUGGCCAGCAUGGCCACAGAGAUGGGACUGCAGAUCAAGCUUUGUUUAAUAACCCCGUGUCAGUGGCUGUGGGAGAGGACGACACUAUCUACGUGACAGACAGGGGAAACAUUAGAAUCAGAACGGUGGAUGGGUGUGGCACAGUGAAAACAUUGGCUGGAUCGGAAAACAAAGGAUUAGUUGAUGGGCAGGGAAGGUCUGCUACUUUUACAGCAUUAAGAGAUAUUACUCAAUCAGCAAACAAAUCCAUCUUCUACAUCACUGACUACCACUGUAUUCGUAAGAUAGAUAUAGCUGGUAAUGUCAUUACUAUUGCAGGACAACAAGCAGCAGGUCUGACUGAUGGUCACUGUAGUGAAGCAAAGUUUUACUGGCCACGGCAAAUAGCAUGCAGAAGUGGAGAUGAUGAGACAUUGUAUGUUGCUGACUUUAAUAAUCAUGCAGUGAGAGAAGUAUCACUCAACACUAGAAAUGUUAGAACCAUUGCUGGUGGCAAAGGUGCAGGGUCUUGUGAUGGAGCAAUAGAAGUGGCCACACUAAACCAACCGUUUGGAAUUACUAUUGACAGCAAAGGUUGCAUCUUUGUGUGUGAUUUUGGAAAUCAUAAGAUUAGAAUAAUUUUCUCUACCAUGGAGACAAUGACUACUCUAGUGGGAUGUGGUGAGGAAGGUUUAGUAGAUGGCAAUGGUGAGGAAGUAAAACUAAACUAUCCGCGUUGUCUUCUUCUGAACGAGUCAACCCAUACACUUUACUUUACACAGAAUCAUUGCAUUCGUAAAGUUGAUCUCCAACAGUAUUUGCCUCCACUACCAAACUUGGAUGUAUCAUUGGGUGAAGAUCAGAUGUUUCUUGUAGACAACAAGGAUUUGGCAGAUGUUGUGUUCCAAGUUGAAGACAAACAAAUCUUUGCUUAUAAACCCAUUCUAAUUGCUCGCAGUUCUUAUUUUUCUCGUCUCUUCUCAUCUGGAAUGAAGGAAUCCCAUCCUUCAGGUGAUGGACACGUGACCACAAUUCCAAUCCAAGAUGCAAGCUAUGAUGCUUUUCGAGCUCUCAUUGUGUAUCUCAUUACAGACAAGGUGAGUGUGGAUGUGAAUGACUGGAAGAUGGUAUGUCAUCUUCUCAUUCUUUCUGAUCGCUUUCUGGUUUCCAAACUGAAGAGUUACUGUGAACAGAUUGUGGCAAGACACAUUAGAGUAGAGAAUGCAGUUGAAGUUCUGUGUUUGUCAGACUCUCACAACAUUCCACUGCUGAAAGAACAAGCCAUCACAUUUAUAUGCAAUCAUCUUGAUGUGAUGAGAGGAAGGGCUGAAAUGGAGCAACUCUCAUCUUCUUUACUUUUAGAAAUUAUUCGAAAAUAACAAUCUGAUUUGACAUGUUGUUGUGUUUUUAUUGUUAUUGUUGAAUUUAUUUUUAUGCAUUUGUUGGUUAUUGGGUGUUUUAGUAGCUACAGACAAUCAUACAUGUACUGCAUGUGAUGGCAUGUCAGUGACUGCUCCAUAUGUUUUAGUUGAUUUACAUUUGAAAAGAUUAUGAGUCUGU